AUGUACGUCCUUCUUAUAUCAUUACUGAGAGAGGUGCAGCAGGUGUCAUGGUGUGUGACGGUGGUGGUGGUGAGCGACGACCUCGCCUUCCUCGCCGCCUUCACCCAGUCGUCCCUCAAGGGCAACCUCCUGGAGUGGUCGACGAGGCUCCUGGUCAUGACCCGCCUUCCCCUCCAGCAACUGCAGAUACUUCAGACUGCACUAUCUUUGACAAAUUCCAUGGUGCUUAUCAUCAACAGUGCCUCCAAAAUUCAUUGGUGCAGCGUGUACAUACAGCUGCCGUACAGUCCCCGUGGGGCCCAGGCGAUGAAGCUGGCCACAUGGACGCCCCACCGAGGUCUCGCUCUUGCCUCCAGACUUCUUCCUUUUCCUGACAAGUUCUUCAAACUUGUUCAUCACCCGACAUUAAGAGUGGCCGGAGAAGCGUACCCAGGUCAGACGGAGGAGCUGCUCGACGACCCGGAGGCGCCCGACGGCAAGAGGCUGGUCUUCAGGGGACCAGUUGCCAGCGUCCUCGACUACCUUGCUCAGGCCAUGAACUUCUCGUACACCUACAUUCGUGACCGUGACGGCAGUUUUGGCACCAUGUUGAACAAAGCCAUCAGAAAGGAGGCAGAUAUCGCAUUAGGUCCCUUUGUUAUAAGUUACAAUCGACUUGAACUAGUCGACUUCUCAUGGCCAUUGCACGUGGGAGUAUCGAAGAUCCUGGGAAAACGAGGACAGCCGGUGAAGGACCCUUGGAGCUUCUUGUUCCCCUUGACUCCCCUGGUAUGGGCGGCCACUCUGACGUCGGUGCUAGUGCUGCCUGUGACAGUGUGUCUCUUAACCUCCUCCUUCUCCCUCAAGACGGCGCAAGUGGAUCUUUGGCUAUCAAAAACAUUAAGUUAUAUUCGCAUAUUAUUGCAGCAAGACUUAAGGACAUGUGAAGAGUGGUGGUGGGAGAGGAUGGUGAUGCUGGUGUGGAUGAUGGUGAUGCUGGUACUAACAAGGAGUUACUCUGGCAACCUCUUGGCUCUCCUGGCAGUCAGAUACAUUCCUCAUCCCUACCAGACCCUUGAAGAUGUUGUGCACGAUCCCUCAGUCAAAAUGAUAUGGAAAGCUAACACCAUAGACCAAACUUAUUAUCGGACCUCAACGUCUGGCAUCUACCGCAAAGUUGGUGACCUGGAGACCAAGGGGAGGGUAGUGAUUGUACCACACUCGGACAUCGAGGCUGCCCUGGACACUCUGGUGCGGCAGGGCGACCACGUCCUUAUGGAGACGGACGACGACGUCAUAAGCCUUAUGUUCGAUGAUUUUCUUCGAACAGGAAGAUGUGAUUUUUACAAAUCCAAAGAAGGGUACUUGUGGUUCAUUUUCUCUCUCGUUCUGCAGAAAAACAGUCCUUUUCUUCAUGUAGUCAACAAAAGAGUGAUGGACUUGACGGAAACAGGUUUUUAUCUCUACUGGACCAGGGCCUCAGGCACCAGUGCAACAACCUGUGCCUACCCACCUACCAAGGUCACCGAAACCACUCCUCUCGCUGUCUCUGACCUUUGGGGAAUGUUCAUAAUCCUGCUCGGUGGUUAUGUUGUUAGUCUGCUGGUGUUUCUCCUGGAAAUUACGAGCACCUGAAUAUAAGUCUUCAGAUAUCGCUUCGUCUUAUGUCAGCUGACAUAAAUAUAUACAAUUAAACCUGAUCCUUCCAAGUAGG